UCGGAUUCAAACACCACCUUUCACGAUGGCAACCACGGGCAUGCAGCUGCUGGGUCUGAUCCUGUCCAUCGUUGGCUGGGUGGGAGGGGCCAUAGUCUGCACCAUCCCCCUGUGGCGGGUCACCGCGUUCAUCGGUAACAACAUUGUGACGGCGCAGAUCAUCUGGGAAGGCCUCUGGAUGAACUGCAUCGUGCAGAGCACAGGUGAGAUCCAGUGUAAAGUGUACGACAGCUUGCUGGCUCUGCCCAGCGACAUGCAGGCGGCCCGUGGCCUCACCGUCUUCUCCGUCCUGCUCUGUGGUCUGGCUCUGACCCUGGGGGUCCUCGGAGUCAAGUGCACCAAAUGCGUAGGCGUCAACAGCCUCAAGGCCCGAUUUGCUCGUAUCUCUGGUGCGCUUUUUGCCAUUGCAGGCUUUCUGUACCUCGUGCCCGUCUGCUGGACUGCCCACUCCAUCAUCAGGGAUUUCUAUGACCCACACGUGGCGGCUCCUCACAAGCGCGAGCUCGGCCCUGCCCUUUACAUCGGCUGGGUGGCAUCCGCUCUGCUCCUCAUUGGGGGGUCUCUGCUCUACGCAGGGUCAAGUCCCCCUGGCAUCCCAGGCUCUCCCACCUUCAGCAGUGGAGAAAGCAGUCCCCGUAGGGCCCCUGCCUCACAGGUCAAAGGUUAUGUCUGAAUGGCCUAAAGCUUCAUAAAUCCCCCUUACACAAUGACAAACUUGUUUAU